UGCAAAACUACAAAAUCCGAGUUUUUAACUUUCAACUGAAAAUUCUGAGCACUGACAGUACAGUCACGUACAGGAAAUGAUUAUUUUCUGCGAUUUAAAAUUUAACGUAGCGCUUGUGAACUUUUAAAACUUGUUAGAUAUCUGUUCGUGCUAUGCCUCGUUUCGGGAAAUAUUAUCCAGAUAGGUUUGAAAAUGGUGAAUCUUCAGAAUCAUCAGCUCUUCGGAACUGCGGCAACUCCAAGAAACAUGUGACGUACGCUACACCAUGGAUCAUCCCGUCUACGAAGCGGUACUGCGCUGGUGUUAUUGGCCUGCAUCAAGAGAUCGAAGAUUUUUAUGCCUGGAUUGCUCCUCGGGAAUGCGAGUACCGUAUGCGGCAGAAUGUGAUUGAUCGGAUUACGGAGGCCGUUCGUCGCAAGUACCCGCAUGCUCUUGUGGAGUGUUUUGGUAGUUUUCCAACAGGCCUCUUCCUCCCCACCAGCGACAUCGAUGUGGUGGUAUUCGGGAAAUGGGAGCAGUUCCCCUUAUAUACUCUCCAGGAGGAAUUUGUUCGCAGUGGGAUCUGUUUUCCUCAUGAUGUGAAAAUUCUGGAUAAAGCUGCCGUACCCAUUCUCAAGAUCACCGACCAACGAACUGGUGUGAAAGUAGAUAUCUCGUUUAAUUUGGUCAAUGGUAUCAACAGCGCGAAGAUGCUCAACACGUACAUUGCUCAGUUUCCUUGCCUGCCGAAAUUAGUCCUCGUGCUCAAACAGUUCCUUCAGUACCGCGAACUGAAUGAAGUAUUCACCGGUGGCGUUAGCUCCCACUGCCUGGUCAUGAUGGUCAUCAGUUUCCUACAACUGCAUCCUCGUUAUUUUCCCUGUGAUCGCGAGGAAAAUCUUGGCGUUCUACUCAUAGAGUUCUUCGAAUUAUACGGUCGGCAUUUCAACUACGCCGAGACCACCAUCAUCGUAGCCGGUAGCGGAUCGUACGUUCCCAAGAAGUCUUUCAAGAAACGUUUAUCCGAUGGAGAGAGUGUGGGAUUACUGAGCAUUGAGGAUCCCAUUCAGACGGAUCACGAUAUUGGCCGGUCGUCGUACGGAAUUAUGGAUGUGCGGAAUGCAUUUGAAUAUGCCUACUUCCAGCUGGUGCGGCGUGUUACCGAAUACGACGCUGCUGGAGAAAGUAUUCUGAGCAGCAUUUUCAGAAUCUCUGAUACCCUUGUGGAAUAUCGAAAGCUUCUUCAAGAGCGCUACGGUACCGCCAGCUGAUGGAAAUUUGGAUCGCCCUGAAGUCUGUGUAGCAAAUUGAUUUUACGUUUUCUAAUUAUUUCUUUUGCUUGUUGUUUUUGUUAAGCGCGAUUGCUUAUAUGCCGUCUUCGAUUGUAUGAAAGGCUCCCGCUUUGAGUAAGAGAUAUUUACCUUCUUUUAUGUUUUAGCCUUGCUUUCUCUAUUAUGUCAACCAUGCAGUAUUACAAAUAUACAGAUCAGUUCUAAGUUCUGGCAUUGUGAUUAGUGGUACAUGUGGUUACGUAAUGCAUAUAUGAUUAAUGAAUAAA